UCCCUCUCUCUGUUUCUCACUCUCACUUGUAAGAAGACUAAUAAGAGAUGGAGUUUCACCUCUGAUCAUCUGAAAGGAAACUUUUCCCCAAAUCAAGAGAUCGAAUUAAGCGCUCGAAAAUGGGCUGUUUUCUCGGAUGCUUCGGUGGUGAAGAGACUCAGAAACGCCGCAGACCUAGGGCUCAUCGUGCCAGCCCUCAGCGCCAUAGAAACAGAAUCCAAAAUGUUCAGCAGGAGAACAAAAUCACUCCAGAGCAGUCUGUAGCAGAAACUAACCCUGCUAACUUGCUUUUGGAGGUUUUGGAGCUGGGAAAUAAACCUGAGGCGGUGGAGCAAGGGAGCCUGAGCCCAAGCACAAGCCCGAAGAAGAGUCCAAGCCCGAGUCCUAGAAAAAGAGUUACGUUUAACUCAAAUGUCACGACAUACGAGCAUGUUCGAGUCCAUGACAGUGUCGAGUCGUUGCCAGAUUGUGCUGCGAAUGAGGAAGAUAUGAAGUCACCAAGUCGUUCGCAGUCAUUACCUAAAGAUGAUGAUUCUGUUGCAUCCAGUGUUGCGUCGUAUCCUCCAAAUCAUAGGUAUCAUAAUGCUAGAGAAAGCGACGAUGAAGCUGAAGAGUAUGGGGAUAGCGAUUUGGAGGAGUUGGAUGAUGAGGAUGAGGACGACGAUGAAUAUGAUUACUACUCUGAUGAAGAUACUGAUUCUAGAAUUCCUGGCCAUCGAGUGUGGUCUGAAUCAGUUGAAACUGCAUCGAUGGAGUCGAGGACAGGAAGCUCUUCACCUCCUGCCACGAGGCAGGAAGUAGAGAGUUUGACGGUGAAAACUCAGCCGCCUGAGGAGGAGGCCAAAGAAUUCGGAUCAAAAACCAAUGCACGAGAUAGAAGUGAUUAUAUCAAUUCAGUGCUCAACCCUGUUGAGAACAUUACUCAAUGGAAGGCUGCAAAAUCAAAAGGGACAGCUCUAGUGAAGCCACAAAAGGAGAACUUAGUGAACUUUGAGGCUCCCCGUAUGUCGUUUAGCUCAGAGCCUAUAUUCAGGCAGGCAGCCUCUAGUUUGAAGGCAAAGUCUCAUCAGUCGAAAAAUGCAAAUCAAGAAAUAGCUGUUGAUGCAAGUCUUUCAAAUUGGUUAGGUACUCCUGAAGUUGCACCCUCCAAGAAGACUAGCUUCAGUGGCUUUGAAACAAUUACUAAAUCCCCACAGACGACCACAUCAGAAGGUUGCACUUCUCCAAUGAGCUUCGAAGAUAGGCCAAUUUUAGGCGCGCUGACAGUUGAGGAGCUGAGGCAAAUCUCAGCAACUCCCUCCCCGAGGAAGUCUCCUAGUCGAAGCCCUGACGAGAUGCCCAUUAUAGGGAGUGUUGGUUCCUAUUGGAAUAACUCGGGUUCAGCAAAGAAUUCUGGUGAAGCUGCAUCUUUUAAAGGCAUACCAAACACAACCAGCAAGUACAGAGAGGACAAGAAAGUGAAUUGGCACUCUGCUGCUCCUUUUGAGACGAGAUUGGAUAGAGCUCUCACCAACAGAGGUGCUGCAUGAACUUAAGUCUAUGAAGGGAUCCAGGAUCAAGUGUGUGAGAACUUUUUCCCUCCGUUUGUUUCGAUUGUUUCUCAUGUCUUGGAAAGUGAGAAGUUUGUUUUAUGUUUGUGAAUGAAUUUCCUACAGUGUUUUUUGUAUGCAUAUUUAAUUGAUUUUUUCUUCAUAUUCCAUGUAAUAUUUAUGUAUGAACACUCGAGGUUGUGAAAUAAAAACAUUCCGUAUAUGGUGAUUGGAUUGA